AACAGAAAGAUGGAUCUAUUCUGUAUUAUGUUACAUUUUCUGUAUUCAAUGUGAGAUAAAAUUUUACAGAAAAAAAGAAGAUUGAAAAAAAUAUAGAAAAUAGGAUCUAAGACUAAUCAGUUUGGCAAUCAAUUCAUCUAUAUUAUUGUGUAUAUUCUUAUUUUUAUUACAUAUAAAAUAUUUAUCUAUAGACUAAAGUACGAUGGUUGAAAUCAUUAAAUCUUGGUGACAAUCACUAGUUCACUAGUAUUAAGCGUGCGAUUUAAUGAUAUAUUUAUGUCAUUGAUGAUCCACAAAUAAAAAGAAAAUGCUUUUGAAUUUUUGUGAUCCUCGCUUACGUCCAGAAAUAAAAUGCAAUACCAUCAGCACGGAAGGAUACGAAGUUACCAAUUUGAUAAGCGAUUCUUGCAAAGGAUUUUUGGCAUAUUCCUGCAUUAAACCACCAGUUCACAUAGACAUCACAUUUCUUUGUAACAUCAGGAUAAAUCAUAUAUUGAUUUGGCCAUCUGUUGGAUCGCAAAAAUCAUCGGGCUUUCAACUUUAUUCUAGAAGUACAAAUGAUAUCAGCACUCCAUAUACCUUAUUAUCCAGUGGAUUUUUGAGUCCUUCUGAUGCUGGACUACUGUUUUAUCCAAAUAAUAUUGAUCCUGCAAAAAUUGACACACCAGCAAAUUUCUUAAAACGUUAUAUUAAAGUCUCAAUGCAACAUUUGACUAUGUAUGCUCAUGUUUUAAGAAUAACAGUAUGUAAAACAGAAAAGUCAGUACCAGCAUUAGGAAAGAUUGAAAUUUGGGGAACAGUGUCACCUCGUUGUGGGAAAGAUGUUGUUGCAAGUGUGUACACUUUAUGGACUAAACAGCAAUCCACAUUUUCAUUACCCAUAACUGAGUACAAAACUGGCACUACUUCUAUAAAUAUCACUGGCAACAGACAAGAGGAUAAAGCAAAGUUUGACGUUCCUGAGAGUUUCCUAGAUCCUAUUACAUGGGAGUUAAUGACUCAGCCAAUUACAUUACCUAGUGGCAAAGUAAUAGAUCAGACGACAUUAGAAAAGCAUGGCCAAAAUGAAGCUAUAUGGGGAAGACCAUUAUCGGAUCCAUUCACUGGCAUUGUAUUUAAUGAACAUCGUAAACCAAUUAUGGCAACUGCAUUGAAGUCAAGAAUUGAUAAAUUUCUAUUAGAUCAUAGUAAUUUGAAUGAAAUAAAAAGUAUACCAAGACUCUUAGGUCAUGAUUCAACUUCUGCUAUAGCAGGAGAUAGAAGGAUAACUCAAGUACCAAAGUGUGUGUUAAACAAAAACUUGUUAAAGAGAACUGUCAAAGAUGCUGAAUUAGAUGCACACAAACAAACGAUGAAUGGUUAUUCACAGCAAACAAAGAGAUAUUGCCAUCAACUGCCAGCAGUUGUUAUAUGUUCCAAACAAUCUUCUUCCAAUUCAGGAUCAAAACAAGUGACAAAAAUUUCAAGUUCCUCUAAAUUAGUUCAUAAUAAUUCUCAUAACCAUAAUAGGGAUGAUAAAUCAGAAAGAUUGGUAAUGACUGACAUUGACAGUUCCUUAGAUGGCAAUGUCAAAACUCUAUUGUCAAACAUCAAACGCUUUAGUGCACCAGAAAAAGUGGAGCUACAUAAUAUAUCUAGUGAUUGUAAAUGUUGUAAUAAUAGUAUUCUUUAUAAGCUUCCCUGUAAACAUGUAAUAUGUAGAAAAGUAUUAUUAUCUAUCAGUGUAAAUAGUCAGUGUAAAUCUUGUGGACUUUUUUAUAAAUUGAGCGACAUUGAACGAAUUCAUGAUAAUAUUUUACAUAGAUAGCAAUAAGAUUAUAAAAUAUCAUAAAUAUGUUAUAUUAUUAAUAAGAAAAUAUUUCAGUUCUUAUUGAUAUAAUUUGAGCUUCUUCACAUUUAUUAUUUGCCAAAUUUUAUCCAUAGGAAAAUAUGCAAAAUAUAUUGUAACUUCCUGAAUUAUUAGAGAUCAAUGUUACAUCAUUCAUGACAAUUCCAAUAUGACCAAUUCCAAUGAUAAGAUUGCUCGCAAUAUUUUGGCACAUACAAUAUAGUUUACAUUCACACGUAAAGUCAACAA